UUUGUGAUUAUAUUGUAUGAAUCUAUCUGGAGCGCCCAAAUGUACUAGAAGCCUGUGUGUUGUGAUGACCAAAAGCGAGCAGCAGCAAUGAAUGAAAAGCGAGCAUUUAUUUAUAUACAUAGAUAGAUAGGCUGGCACGCAAUACAAAGAUCCUACGGGCGGAGGAGCUAGCUACUGUACACCGACACUUGCCAUUAAAUAUCUCUCACCUGUCUCCUCCUCCUCCUCCUCCUAAAUUAACCCUAUUUAUUAUUAUUAUUAUUGUUAUUAUUCAAAAUCCAAUUUACAUUACAUUACAUGAUGGCUCUUCCACCUUGGACCACCAAGCAGCUGCUUCUCCUAGUAGUGCUAAUUAUUCUAGCAGCUGCAUGCCCCGGCUCCACAUUUGCCUCCGAUGAUGAUCAGUUUGUGGAGUCCGUGAGGUCUACCAUUGAAUCAGUCCGACAAGUCAUCUCCAUCGUCUCCAGAUUCAGCGAUGUUCUUGGCGGGGGGGAUUUCAGAGCUUCCAAUGCCAUUGCCGAUUGCCUUGAUCUCCUUGACUUUUCUGCUGAUCAACUCACCUGGACUCUUUCUAGAGCAAUAUCAUCCUCAACUGCAAAAUAUAGCAGCAGCAGCAGCAUGGGUGCUGACAUGAGGACAUGGCUCGGGGGGGCACUGGGCAACCAGGACACCUGCAUGGAAGGAUUUGAGGGUACAAACACCAUCGUAAAGUCCUUGGUAGCUGGCAGCCUUGACCAGGUCACCUCCUUAGUGCGUCAAUUACUUAGCCAGCUUCCAGGAACCAUUGAUGCAGCAGCAGCAGGAAUAUGGCUAAAGGAAAAAGAGCAGAAAUUACUUGUGGAAGCCAACAUAAGAGCCGAUGUGGUUGUGGCGGCAGAUGGUAGCGGCAACUUCACACGGGUGAUGGAUGCCGUAUCUGCAGCUCCAGAUAACAGCGCCCGCUAUGUCAUCUACGUCAAGAAGGGUGUAUACCAGGAGUAUGUGGAGAUCAGUAAGAAGAAAACCAACAUCAUCAUGAUUGGUGAUGGCAUGAACCUCACCGUUAUUUCUGGUAACCGCAGCUUCGUUGACGGUUGGACUACCUAUCGUUCUGCUACAUUUGCUGUGAAGGGAAAGGGGUUCAUGGCUCGUGAUAUGAGAUUUGAGAACACGGCAGGGCCAGAAAAGCACCAAGCAGUUGCAUUUCGAUCAGAUUCGGACCUUUCGGUUGUUUAUCGGUGUGCAAUCACGGGGUAUCAGGACACUCUGUAUGCCCACUCGAUGCGCCAGUUUUACAGAGAGUGCUUAAUUACAGGCACGGUUGAUUUCAUAUUUGGAGAUGGAGUGGUGGUGUUUCAGAACUGUGAGAUUCUGGCCAGGAGGGGCCUCCCUAACCAAAAGAACACCAUUACAGCACAGGGUCGUAAGGAACCAACUCAGCCUUCAGGGUUUUCAAUUCAGUUCUCCAACAUAUCCAUAGAAGAAGAAGAAGAAGCUUCCAACUCCAGCAGCAGCAAUGGUAUAAUUAUAUUCCCACCCACGUACCUUGGACGCCCAUGGAAGGAGUAUUCUCGAACCGUGAUCAUGCAAUCGUACAUCAGUGGGCUCAUCAGGCCCCAAGGCUGGCUUGAAUGGAACGGUGACUUUGCACUCGAUACUCUUUACUAUGGGGAGUACAUGAACUAUGGUCCGGGUGCUGCCUUAGGAGAUCGGAUCAGGUGGCCUGGUCUCCAUGCAAUCAAUGAUUCCAGUGAAGCCAACAACUUCACGGUGGCUCAGUUCUUGCUAGGAAACUCCUGGUUGCCACCCACCGGAGUCAAGUAUACAGCCGGCUUGACUUGAGCGAUUCAUUCAUUCGCAAUUUUUGUUUAUUAUUUUUCUCUUUUAAAUUAAUUAAGGGGCCGGCCUACUUAUAAUAUUUGAUUAGGAAAUGAAGGCUAAUUUAACUUUUUUGACUGUUGAAAAGGCCGAAAUUAAGCCCGGAUUGAUGGCUUAACGCCGUACAUGCAUGUUUGUUUGUUUCCUUUCAUGUGAAGAAUGAAAACACCUCUUGUUUCUUUCA